GGUGGUGGCCACGGGAGCCCAGAAAAAGGGCACCACCUGCCUCCACUCCCAGCUGGGUGCACCCUCGGCUCAGGUCUCAGCUUGCCGGGUGCCGCCCCGCCCUUGCUCGCCCCGUGGGUACUCGGAGCCCGGCCCAGCUCGGAGCCGCGCGCUGUAGCGUCCAGGGACCUCCUCGGAGCCACGGGACUCAGAUGCACCAAGGACACGGAUGGCGAGCGUGGGGCCUCGGACCGGGCCGAAUGCGGGAGCCGAGGCGCUGGCGCUGGCAGCAGAGCUCCAGGGCGAGGCGACGUGCUCCAUCUGCCUAGAGUUCUUCCGGGAGCCCGUGUCGGUCGAGUGCGGCCACAGCUUCUGCCGCGCCUGCAUCACGCGCUGCUGGGAGCGUCCCGGGGUCGGGACGGGCGCGGCCACCCGCACGCUGCCCUGCCCGCUGCCCUGCCCGCAGUGCCGGGAGCCCGCACGCCCCAGCCAGCUGCGGCCCAACCGACAGCUGGCCUCGGUGGCCUCGCUGCUUCGGCGCUUCAGCCUGCCCCCGACCGUCUCCGGGGAGCGCGGGACCCCGGCGGAGGCGGCCCGGGCGGCGGCGGCGGCGGCUGCACGGUGCUCCCAACACGGAGAGCAGCUUAAGCUCUACUGCCAAGACGACGGCCGUCCCAUUUGCGUGGUGUGCGACCGCGCCCGCGAGCACCGUGCGCACGCCGUGCUGCCGCUGGAGGAGGCGGUGCAAGAGGCCAAGGAGCUGUUGGAUUCCAGGCUCAGGGCCUUGAAGAAAGAACUGGAAGAGUAUGAAGCGUUCCGGUCUACGGAAGAGAGGGAGAGCAAAGAGCUUCUGAAGCAGAUGGCAGCGGAGAAAGAGAAGGUAGUGGCAGAGUUUCAGGCACUUCGGGCCUUCCUGGUGGAGCAGGAGGGUCGGCUCCUGGGCCGACUGGAGGUGCUGUCCCGGGAAGUGACGCAGAAGCAGAAUGAGAAUCUGGCCCAGCUCGAUGGUGAGAUCACUCAGCUGUCCAAACUCAGCAGCCAGAUCCAGGAGACAGCUCAGAAGCCGGACCUUGACUUCCUCCAGGAGUUCAAAAACACAUUAAGCAAGUGCAGCACUUUGCCUUGCUCCAAGCCAACCACAGUGUCAUCCGAGAUGAAGAAUAAAGUGUGGAAUGUUUCCCUCAAGAGUUUCGUCUUAAAAGGAUUGCUGAAGAAGUUCAAAGAGGAUCUCCAGGGAGAGCUGGAGAAGGAAGAGAAAGUGGAACUCACUUUGGACCCCGACACAGCCAACCCCCGCCUCCUCUUGUCCCUGGAUCUAAAGAGCGUGCGCCUAGGACAGCGCGCGCAGGACUUGCCUAACCAUCCCCGCCGCUUCGAUACCAACACUCGCGUUUUGGCAUCCUGUGGUUUCUCCUCUGGCAGGCACCACUGGGAGGUGGAAGUGGGCUCCAAGGACGGCUGGGCCUUUGGCGUGGCCCGCGAGAGCGUGCGUCGCAAGGGCCUCACGCCCUUCACCCCCGAGGAGGGCGUCUGGGCGAUGCAACUCAACAAUGGCCAAUACUGGGCGGUGACCAGCCCUGAGAGGACGCCGCUCAACUGUGGGCAGCUGUCGCGGGUGAGGGUGGCACUGGACCUGGAGGUGGGGGCCGUGUCCUUCUAUGCGGUGGAGGACAUGCGUCACCUCUACACCUUCCGCGUCAACUUCCAGGAGCGAGUGUUCCCCCUUUUCUCUGUUUGCUCCACUGGCACCUACUUGAGAAUCUGGCCUUGAAGGGCUUUGCUGGGCUUCCUAGGAGGGGACAGGGCAGCAGUGUAACUCCCCUCCGUGAGACAGAGGACCUUCCAUCCAUACCCCUACUCCAGGCUGCCCAGUGGCUGGAGCACAACACAGGUGCUGAAGACUGAGGAAAGAGGUGCUAUGGGUAAUUAACUAUACAGGAAGCCUGCUGUGAUGGCCCACACCUUUAAUCCCAGCGUUUGAGAGGCGGAGGCAGGUGGAUCUCUGUGAGUUCAAGGCCAGCCUUGAGAUUCAGACCAGCAAGGCCGAAACACAGAGAAACCCUGUCUUGGAAAAAAAAAAAAUUAAAAAAUAAGCUGCACAGGGAAGAGAUGCUUUGGACUCCUUUAAUGUCCCUGCAAAUUGUGUCUGAACUGUGGAGGGGGUUGACCAGUAGGACAAGAACCCAGCUUUACUUUUUCUUUUUUUAAAAACAAGGGUGCUUCCUACCACACCUACUGCCUUGAUUCAGAAAGGUCCUUGUUUGCACAGAACAAUGUCAAAGAUUGAUACUCUUGCGAAGGGUGUGGCUUGGCCCCUGGGCCCAGGAGGUAUUACUUUACAUUUGUGACAGCUGCAGGCUUUGCUUGGAGAGGUCAUUGAGUCCUCCAGAUCCAGCUGGCCUGGCUGGGUUGCUUAGUCAGGGAGGAGCAUCGGGGCUCCCAGCUCAGAAGCCGGUCUGGCUAGGUCUGGAGGGAGACCCUUGACCUAGACAGGAGGCCAAGGUAACAGUAUACACCUAUGUAUACCAUUCUCCAGCACUCCUUAGCCUGAUAUGAUGUGUGGGUCCUUUACCACAGUAGCUGCCAACGUGUGUGGGCACAGAUGCCGUAAGCCUCACAUUUUCCAUCAGGGUACAGUCUCCUUUGCGUAAGGAGAUCAGAGAUUCUGGAACUGUGAAACACAAGUUGGUACUUAGGAGUUUAGGGAAGCACGAAGCACAAACACGAUUCCGACAAACCCCUUCUGGGAACUUAUUAAAUCUAUGCAAACCAGAGAGCAUUCUGGUGGCAAGGAUUGCUGGACAUCUGCCUUGGAAGGAACUGAGCAGGCCAGCCUCCUUACCCUCUUGACAGGCUACAGUCCCAUAGUGUUCACAGAGCUUCUGGAAGGGCAGCAAAUACAGAUUUGAACACA